AUGUCAAGUUCUAAUACAGUUGGAAAAGCGAUGAUCAGAUUGAUGAGUGAUCUCAAACAGAUGAAGGAAGAACCACCCGAAGGUGUCAGUGCAGAGCCUGUCGAUAGUAGAAAUCUAAUGAAUUGGACAGGUCUUAUUAUUGGUCCAGAGAAUUCUCCAUUCGAAGGUGGAAUCUUUCAAUUAUCAUUAAACUUUAACGAGUCAUAUCCAGAUCAACCACCAAAGAUUAAAUUUGUUACACCUAUAUUUCAUCCAAAUGUUUACGCUGAUGGUGCAAUAUGUUUAGAUAUCUUGACCAACAAGUGGUCACCUGUAUAUUCUGUUUCCUCAAUAUUAACUUCAAUACAAUCAUUGCUAUCAGAUGAGAACCCAAAUUCACCAGCUAAUCCAGAAGCAGCCAAUCUAUUUAUAAAAGAUAAGAAAGAAUACAGAAAAAGAGUUAGACAAUGCGUUGAUAGAAGUAUAAAUAUUAUAAAUGUGAUUUCAAUUGCUGAACCAUGUCCUACAAACUAG